CACUAACCUGGAAUGAGCCUCAAAUUUAUUUUGGCUUCCCGUCUGUCAGACCACAAUACCUCACACAACGUCCAUUAUUUGACUGCAGUGGUUCUAGCAAUGCUUUGUGCUUAACCUCUCCUCUUGUAUUCUCUUCAAAUUUCUUUCAUUGCACCUGCGGAAACAGACAGUUGAGCGAAGCAGAUACCCUUCCGGCGGAAAUAUCGGACAACAACGGAGGAAUACACUCCCAGAGAAGGGAUAUCACAUCUCACUGGGGCGCACGUUCUGCAGACACUUUCUUCAGACCGACCGUUAUUAUAGCCUGCUCUUGAGAAGUGGCUCUUGAGUUCAACACACCUCUUUCAGUCUCUACAUUCCCCGGCGCAAACAUCCUCGACCAAAAUGCUCCGAACCACCAUAUCUGCUGCUGCACCUCGAUCAGCAAGCCGCCUUCCUUCAACUAUACGAUCGAGCACCCGUCCAUUCUACUCCCCAAUAAGAACUCCACUCCGUUCCGCCCCUCGACGAACCUUCUCCACUCCACCCGCCUCGAAAUCCUCCACCUCGUUCACAUUCUCUUCUCACGGAAGACCAACUCUACACAACUCGACCAUCCUUCGACAAUUUCAGCAAUCCUUCCGAAACUUCCAUAAGACUCGUCCACGGCUCAAUGGCGCAGCUCCCGCGAGUGAGGAACCCACUACUCUAGGCGGACGAUUGAAAAAAUUGAGUAGGGAAUAUGGAUGGUCUGCUGUAGGGGUGUAUUUUGCGUUGAGUGCGCUGGACUUUCCAUUUUGUUAUUUGUUGGUGAAUUCUUUGGGGACUGAGAAGAUAGGAGAAUGGGAAGAAUUUAUAGUCUCAAACGUGAAGCGCUUCAUUCCUGAGCCGGUCAAGCAAACAUGGAACGACUGGCGUGGCUCCAUGAGAAAGGCCGAGCAUGCCAUCACAGGCGAAGAGGAUGUCAAUGAACAUAUCGACAAGGUCAAUGAGCAAGUGAAAGCAGCGGAGGUACCUUCAAACGCGACUAUUGCUUCUCCCCAGACUUCAGAGACGACAUCUGACGGAGACAAAACCUCGGGUUCUGAUGUAUGGGGCGUAGAGAAAGCUAGAGAGGAACAUAAGCGCGAUGCUAGUCUGGCAACACAACUAGCAAUAGCAUACGCAAUUCACAAAUCCUUCAUCUUCGUUCGAGUUCCCCUUGCAGCAGCCGUCACACCCAAGGUUGUCCAGACCCUUCGAGGUUGGGGCUGGGAUAUUGGCAAGCGAACUACCAAGGAGGCAAAAGCGAUUAAGCGAGCGUCCAUGCCAGUGAAGCCCAAAGCAAGAUGGGCUGGCAAACCAAAGACGAAAUGAAGAAUAGAAGAGGAGGCGUGUAUAAGAUAUUGAAACGCUGUAAAUACAGUACAUAUGUAUAAUAAGGAAAGACCAUGGUUGAAGCGGUGGCAAUCUUUGUGGAUUACAAGCAUGGCGAUGGUAGACUUGGGAGCAUGAGCUGUGUAUGAUUUGAGUAAUGACCUAGAUGAGGACUGUUCUUGUAUACAGAGCGCAGAGAACUUUAGCUAAGGAGAGCUUUAGACGAACAAGAUAUUUCUCCUCUCGUUUAAGCUGAUAAUAUCAAAUCCCUU